GUAGAGAUAGACGGCAGUUAUGGCCGCCAUCGCGAGGCCUUUAAUUAGUGACAAGUGAUUCGGAGCAGUGUUUUUUCGCAUUUAGUGUUAAAGGAAUCGAAUAUAUUUUAGUGGGGUACAUGGUGCAGGCCCUGCCGGGCCUUGAUAAUUAGUUAUAGCGAAGAAAUGAACAAUCCAGGACCGUCGUCGUCUACUGGCCAUCUGCAUGUACAUCAAGACGAGGAGGCUGGUGAUUUUCUGUCGAAAAGUAACCAGAAGAGGCGAAAAAUAACCACCGAAGACAGUGAUGACAGUGAUAUAGAAUAUCAAGACAGCGUGAACAUGCAUUACGACGAAUUUGAUCGUGAUAACAGUGAAGUGACCUUCGAUGAAACGGACAACGAAAGUGACAUAGAUUUAGAAAGCGAAGACUUAAACGAAUUGUUCGAAGACGUCGACGACGCCGGCGAGUGGAUGUGCGACGGUGACUUUAAGAGGUUUUCUUUCGACGGAAAGUCGGGUUUGCAAGAUUCACCAAGUGGAGCAGACCCGUACAAUUUUUUCGAAUUUUUAUUCGAUAAUUAUUUCUUCUCCACGAUUGUCAUGGAGACGAAUCGAUACGCGGAAGUUAAAACCAACAAUCAAUGGAAAGAGCUGACAGUUGCUGAAUUCAGGACAUUCUUGGGUCUGUUGCUACACAUGGGUACUAUUAAAUGUCCCAAGCUACAAAACUAUUGGAGCAUUCAUCGACUGUUUGGUUUCCAUUGUUUUUCACAACACAUGAGCAGAAACCGUUUUCACGAUAUUCUGCGCUCGUUACAUUUCUCCUCGAUGAACGGAAGCGAUAAUCGUUUGAAUAAGAUACAACCGUUCAUUGAUUAUUUCAAUGAUAAAAUGAAGCAAGUGUAUUAUCCAUACAAAGAAUUGGCCAUUAACGAGAUGUUGAUUCCUGGUAGAGACAGAUCAGCAUUUCGACGAUACAUUGCCGAGAAAAAAUACCGACGCGGCGUUAAGUUAUACGUCUUAACCGAGAGUUCCGGUAUGGCUGUUCGCAUUGAAGCGUCCACCGGAAGUGAAGACGAUGCUCCUGCUAAAGGUCACGUAACGAGAGUGGCGCUACGUUUAAUGGAGGAUUUCUUGCAAAAAGGACACUCUCUGUACACCGAUCAUUUUUGUACGAGUUUCACGUUGAGCAAACAAUUACUCGAAGCGAAAACUUAUUUCACAGGAAUUUUACGAGGAUUGAGAAAAGCAAAUGGCGAGGAUGUAAUCAAAACGAGGCUCGUCAAAGGCGAGGUGAUAUCUCGUCGUAAAGAUAAUAUUAUGAUCGGUAAAUUCAGGGACGAGAGAGAAGUUUUAUUUCUCUCCAGUGAGUUUACAGCGGACAUGAUAGAAUUGGAGAAUAAAAGGAAGGAAAAAUUUAAAAAACCUUUGGCUUUGCAUAAGUAUAACGAACUGAUGAACAGUAUAGCGAAAAGAAAUCAAAUGUUAUCCUGUUACAAUUGUUCGAGAAGAACGUUCAAAUGGUACAUUCAAUUAUGGAUCAACACGAUUGAAAUGUUAUUGUUGAAUUCGUUCUUUUUAUAUUACAAGUAUUCGCCUUUAACUACAAAAUUAAAUUUUCACGAUUUUCGUUUGAACAUCAUCGAUGCUUUGUUGUUUGAAAAUCAUAGGGAAAAUGUGCAACUUCCUUUUCGUGAAUCCGAACAUUUACCUGAAAUGUUGCCUAGAGGUAUAAAUAAUAAAGUAAGAAGAAAGAGGUGCAGACAAUGCUUUGCAAGUUGUGUUAGAAAGGAAACUAAUUAUUUCUGUAGCGGAUGUAAAGAUAAUCCGGGUUUGUGUCUAGGAAAAUGUUUUAGGGAAUAUCACAAACGUAUAUGAUAUUUUUUAUUCCUUACAGUUUGCAUUUUGCAUUAUAUGUACAUACCAAUGAGUUUUUCUCAUGUAUUUUUACGAUAUCUUGAAUUAAAUUGAUUUCUAAUGUUAUUAGACAAUUGUUUGUUGAAAUUUUAUUUCAGUAAUUACUUGAUUUUAUAUAUUAUGGAAUUUUGUUUUCUAUCGUUAGUCGCUAUAUCUUUUUAUUUAAAAGACAAGUUAGUUCUCCUUAGGACUAAUAAUAGAAAACAAAAGUUAUUUAUUCCAGGAAAAGGAUCUUUUUAUACCGACUUUCUGUAUACUACGUAAUCUUUUAACCUUUCUCAUGUUUUCGAAAUAAAUUUUAUUUCUUACGAAA